UCCUUAAAAAGAGAGUCGCUGAACACUGCCAAGUUAAGUUCAUUCACUGAGUCACCACGUAAUAGUAGGCUUCAUUCUGGGCUGCCAGUAUAACUCACAGUCACAACUCUCUUUUAUUUCAGCAGGUACUGAACUUUCAGACAACCAACAUGAAGGCUGAAUAAAGAAUGGUUGGAAAUGAAUACCACAAUGAGAAGCACAACAUCUCAUCUCUCCCCCAACCAGCCUCUUCCACAUGUUCUCAUCUGCUCAUGUCUGGUGGUACUUAUUGCAUCCUCAUUUGCACUGAAACCUGCUAUGUUGCCUUUAAUUGGGCGAAAGCCAUUUAUUGCUGCCUGGAAUGCACCUAUAGACCUCUGCACUAGAAAAUACAACAUAAAUGUGAACCUGAAAAUGUUCCACAUUAAUGGAAGUCCCAGAGGCACACUGACUGGCCAAAAGGUUACCAUAUUUUAUGCAAACAGACUGGGAUACUAUCCUUUUUAUAGUGAGCAAGGUUUACCUGUGAAUGGUGGUCUUCCACAGAACUUCAGCUUGCAGCAUCAUCUGAAGAAAGCUGAAGAGGACAUUAAGUUUUACAUUCCAGCUGUAAAUUUCAGCGGGUUGGCCAUUAUAGACUGGGAAUGUUGGAGGCCACAAUGGACAAGAAACUGGCACAAAAAGGAAAUAUAUAAAAGGAAAUCCAGAGAACUUGUUUCUAAAACAUACCUUAACAUUUCAGCUGAAGAACUUGAAUACUUAGCCAGGAUAAGCUUUGAAAGAAGUGCAAUGGAAUUCAUGAGAAGGACUCUAGAGCUUGGUAUUAGAAAGCGACCUGGAGUUCUUUGGGGAUACUACCUCUAUCCAGACUGCCAUAAUUACAACAUUCAUGAACUAAACUUCACGGGAUCUUGUCCCAUGUUGGAACGCAUUAGAAAUGAUGAGCUUCUUUGGUUGUGGAACAGCAGUACAGCUCUUUACCCAUCCAUAGCUAUUAAGAAAGUGCAUGCAGAUAGCAUCAAAAACCUGCAUUUCUCCCGCUUUCGUGUCCUGGAAUCUUUAAGGGUUGCUUCAAUGACUUCCAUGGAGUAUGACCUUCCAACAUUUGUCUACACUCGUCUUGGGUAUCGAGAUGAAUCGCUUACUUUUCUUUCUACAAAUGAUAAUAUGUACACAAUAGGAGAGAGUGCAUCUUUGGGGGCUGCUGGCUUUGUCAUCUGGGGAGAUCUUAAUCUAACCUCCUCAAGGUAUAACUGUACCAAAGUCAAGAAGUUCCUGAAUGACAAUCUUGGCUUUUACAUCACCAAUGUGACAAAAGCGGCUGAAGUUUGCAGUGAACACCUCUGCCAGAAUAAUGGGAGGUGUAUGAGAAAGGACUGGCAGGCACCUCACUAUUUGCACUUGAACCCCAAGAACUACGUGAUACGACCAACAGAAGAUGGGAACUUCAUUGUGAUAGGAAACCCCUCUGUGGAAGAGUUGUCAGAGCUGAGAGACAGAUUUAAAUGUCACUGUUAUCAGGGUUAUGGGGGAGAAACUUGUGACAGACUGCAUAAGCCAGGCACGGCUGAUGGCUGCAGGCUCUCAGUCACUUGCUCCCUGCUUUUGUUGCUUUUACUUCUUUACUUUAUUUUAUGAAGACAAUGGCUGAAUGGUGAGAAUAGCCCACCUAGGAGUACAACAGAAGCAAAUCGUGAAUUGAUACCUGUGUUUGACUUUUUAAACAGCUGCAGUGAUUUUAUUGUACAUUUUUACCUCUCUAUACUGAGCCAAAUAUUAUUAGACAGAUGAGUGUGUUUUUAUUUUUUUACAAAGAAAAAAAAUGAUAUUAGUAUACCAUAAAAACUGU